CUGAUCUAUUAAUAUUCAGUGCUGAACUUGUGCAACAAUCUUGUGACUGUAGCCACCACGGAAGGGCAUUUAAUUUGGAAAUCGCUUCAUAAUAGUUUAAUUUCAAAGGGAAAUGAACCUGAUUCUAGCUGUGAAAGUAUUUAGUUGACCUCUGCUUGGACUCCUGUCACUCACAGCAGUUCCAUUAAAGGGCCCCAUGUCAAAGGACACAUUCCCAUUUACCUCUACUUCACUGCGCUCUCUGAGACUGGAGCAGGCGUUUCAGGAAUGGGAGGAUGCACGGCGGGCACUGGCUCACAGGAGAGCCAUGACUAGAGCGCCUUUGCCUCGGGCCCCAAGGCCUCCUCCCCGUCAGCAGCGGCUCCAGGAAGUCAGGGCCCCUCCACCCCAGGUGAAGUGCAGAGACACUGCCGUCCACAACACCUUCAUGUGCGGGGACAUGAAAGGAGUGUAUGCAGUGCUGAAGGACCCUGCUAUGGUCAAUGCCUUGAUGGAGACAGUGCAUGAGGAGAUGGUGUGGGCUCCAGAGAUGGGCAUGUGGACCAUGAGCUCCACGGUGAAACAGACCUCAGCCUUACGUCUGGCUGCCAGCAGAGGACACACAGCAUGUGUGGAGGAGCUGCUGUUUCGUGAGGCGGAGGUGAACGCUGACCCUGGAGGCAACACAGCCCUCCACGAUGCCUGCAUAGGUGGCCAUUCUAUUUGUGUCCAGCUGCUGCUCUCUCAUGGAGCAGAGCCUGAUCUGUUGGCUGCAGAUGGCAGUGCCCCUCUUCACCUCUGUACCUCUGCCCAGUCAUUCCACUGCGCUGAGCUGCUUUUAGAAGGAGGUGCAGAGGUCAAUGUGAGGACCAGGGAGUCGAGACUCACACCUCUGCAUGUGGCUGCUCGGCGAGGCCUCGAAGAGCACAUCCAGCUCUUUCUUAGCCACGGAGCUGAUGUGUUAGCCACAAAUCGAGAGGGCGAGACCCCUCUGAACGCUGCAUGCUCCGGAGCCGAGAGACCAUCUGAGGCCGGACGCUAUCUUCGUGUGGUUCAGAAGCUUUUGGACGCAGGAGCUGAUGCUCGAACUGCAGGCAGGAAGCAGCACACUCCACUGCACAACGCCUGUGCAAACUGCUGCCCCAGGAUUGUAGACCUCCUCCUGCAGCAUGGGGCCAAGGCUGAUGUCACCAACUGUGCAGGAUACACAGCCAUGGACUGUUUGCUGCAGGUGGUAGAAGAUUUCCCGGACCAGCAACCUGAAGCAAUUGCACGAUCACUUCUGAACCACGGAGCUAAGCCUGUUUCACCAAAGAUGCUGAAGCAGUGUGUGCUCUCCCUGGCCACUGUCGAGGUGCUGCUGAACUCGUACCCCCACCUCCCGCCCUGUGAAUGGAUGGAUGCUGUGUCUGCUGAGAUAUAUGAGGAGCAUCGGUCUUUCUUCCAGUUGGUGCGUCAGCGAAGUGCUCAGCCUCGCUCUCUGCAGCAUCUCUGUCGGUGUGCUUUACGUCAGCAUUUAGGAGCCCAGUGUCACUCAGUUGUCAGCAAAUUGGACAUUCCCAGCUGUGUAAGGGAUUAUUUGUUGCUCUGUAAUGAUGGCACGCUCUUCUGACUGUACAUAUUGUGUAUCUUGCCUCAUUGGAAACUUAUAUUAUUUUAGAUUUCAGGGGUUUUCAGGUGGUGACCCUCAGAUACAUAUGAUAGAAAUGAGCGUGUUACUUGACUUUACAAAAAUAGUUGCACUGAAGAACACAAAUGUAUGUAAAUUAGAUUUAAAUGACAUGUUUGUGAAAUUCAGACACAUUUAAUGGUUUUAUUUGUUCAUGGGGAAGCGAAUAACCAAGAAAACGUUCAUAUGAAGUUCUAAGAAGUUUCGGGCUAUUUACUGUUGAUUUGGAUUAGUUGGUGCUAUAUGUGUAUACGAAAUGUUCAUGGAAGUAAUGAAGAAGGAGCUGCAGACAGAAAAGUCAAUGAAAAGAAGCUCCUGGUGCAGUUUUUCUCCUGAUGUUAAUGUCAGAGGAAGUUUGAAAUGCUCGUUGUCGCCUCUCUCAGCUCUCAUGGGGCAGAGACUGGGUACACACUGGACCCACCAGUCGCCAGGCUAUUACAGGGCUAACACAGAGUUCACAUAUUUUUUCAUUUAAUUAAUUGAUUUCGUUUUGAAUCCUUUGUGAAUACUGAACCUACGAACAACUUUGGGCCAUACAAAUCAUAGGAUUUUUUUUUCUCGUAGGUGCUUUUAUAUAUAAAUUAAUAAAAUAUUUAAAUAUUUUCAAAUAAACAACUAACAACGAUGUAACAAUAAAACUGUUUUUAAAAAAAAC